CGCGCGGGCGAAUAUUUGAGCGAGGAAGCUCUGUCGUACGAGAGACGCGCACGCCCAACUCGAAGCCUCAAUUUUUUGGAUUCAAGUUGCAGCACCCCGGACGCUCUACAUCAAUGACUAGAAAUCAUGCCUUCGCAGUACAUCGACAUCACCCACACUUCCGAUCUACCCUCUGUACUCCGACGCAUACACGAGCGAGCAAGCCAGCGAGCAGCAGCGCUUUCCCCAUCCGCUCUGAUUGAUCAACGUGGGGCUCUGCGCUCCUCCGCCCUGCGAUACUGCGGGUCCAACACCCUUCUAAGUCUGCCAAGCUAGAACAUCAAUCAUGGCCGGUCGAACGCAGGCACGCGCGCAGCGGACGCCUUCCAAGUCAGACAAAUCAGCACUGCUUGAGAGAAACUCCUCUGCUAAUAGAGGCAAAGUCAAGCCCUCUGUAGCUGUGGAGACAGGCACAGACGAGGAGGAGGGAGAUGGGAACGAGAUUGCUCAUGAUGAGGAGGAGGAGGAGCAGGAGCAGGAGGAGGAGGACGACGACGACGACGACGACGACGAUGACGAUGACGAUGAGCAGGAAGACGGGGUCAGCGAGGAGGAAGAAAGCGAUGAAGAUGAAGAAGUCUCGCAAGAAGGAUUGGAAGCUCUGAUGAAGGCAUUGGGGGAUGAUGGGCUCAGCGCAGAGGAUUUGGCUCAACUUCAAGCCCUUAGAGGAGAAGCAAUUGAGGAUGAUGAUGCUUACGAUGACGACGACGAUGAAGAAGAUCAGGAUGAUCAAGAAGAAGAAGACGAGGAUGAUGAGGAUGAUGAAGACAAAGGGGAGCUUGAGGGUGACGAGGAAGAAGCGGAAGAGGUAGAGAAUCGCGUCGCAACUCCCAAAGCCAAGGGAAGCAAGAGCAAGGCGAGCGACACGCUCGCUGCCAGUCUAGCACGGAGCGGGCUGAUACCUGAGCCAGAGUCUGAGAGCGAAGAGGAAGAGGAAGCUGUGUCAUACGACGAGGAUGAAGCCGAGGAAGACGAUGAGGAGGCUGAUGAAACCCAAAGCUCAUCAAAGGCUGCUGCCAAGAAGGGCAAGGGAGAGUGGCCAGCGAUGCGAGAGAAGAUUAACAAUCAAGAUGCCAUGCGCAGGAUACGGCAGGAUUUGUCCAUUGAUGGAGGCGCACUUGGCCAAUCUGCUCCGGGAGCUCUCCCAUGGAUCGAGCACAUGACUGUUGUCUACCCUCAGCGCAUCGAUGCCGCACUUGCUGGCGUGCCGGAUCCCGCCAACGACGACUUGAAGCGGGAGUUGGCUUUCUACAAGCAAGCGCUAGACGCUGCUGUUCGAGGUCGAAGACUGUGCAAUCAAGCGGGCAUACCCUUCGACAGGCCGGCAGAUUUCUAUGCCGAACAGGUCAAGACGGACGAGCACAUGGAGCGGGUCAGACAGAGGCUGCUGGACGAGAGCGCUGGCAUCAAGGCUUCUGAGGAGGCAAAGAGGCAACGAGAAUUGAAGAAGUUCGGGAAGAAGGUUCAAGUCGAGAAGCAGCUCGAGAGGCAGAAGAGCAAGAGAGAGUUGAAUGAGCGCAUCAAGGGUCUCAAAAGGAAACACGAGGGCGCUUUGGAAGGCGACGAUGAUGGAUUUGAUGUGCGGCUCGAGACUGCCAUCGACGGUCAGGAGCGGGGCAGAGGGGCGCCUUCUAGAGGCGGCAGAGGCCAAAUCAGACCCAAAGCUAGAAUGCCAAGGUCAGCCAGAGAUGCCAAGUACGGCUUUGGGGGCAAGAAGAAGCACGCAAAGGAGAACACGCGGGAGUCCACAAACGACUUCGGCGCGAUGCGUGGUGGACGAGCCGGACGCGGAUCCGCGCGAGGUGGAAGAGGCGGUCGAGGUGGUGGUGCACGAGGAGGAGGCCCUCGGGGAGGAUUUCGAGGAGGAGCAGCUGCGAAGCGACCAGGAAAGUCGCGCAGGACUGGUUGAGCAGCACCACAACAAGCCAAAUCGUAUUUGUCCUGAGCUCUCUUUCCUGCAUCGCAAUGUCAUUGCUGACUGGA